AGGAGGAUGUCUGCAGUUUUUAUCAGAAAGCUCAAAAGGACACAUUAUUCUUUCAGGAUUCAUUAACGUCUGGACCUCCUUUAUGAAAGGAGACCGUCUGUAAAGAAUGAGAUCUCUUGUGGGUUUCUGGAUCCUUCUGCUGGGCUGUUCAGCCCUGUGCCAUGCAGCGCCUGUUGCUUCAACAUUUUCAAAAGAAGACGAAAUCCUGGCUGAGAAAUAUAUCAGUCGGUUCUACGGUGAUGAAGGGGUGACAAACCCCUCACCCCGAAGAAUCUCGAAGAGAAGCUUCACUGAGAAUCUGAAGUCCAUGCAGUCUUUCUAUGGCCUUGAGGUGACUGGGGCGUUGAACAAUGAAACACUUGAGGUGAUAAAGAGUCCGAGGUGUGGUGUGCCAGAUGUCAGCCUAUAUGUUCACUUUAGUGGAAGACCCAAAUGGGAGAAAAAGCUGCUCUCAUACAGGAUCACUAGGUACACUCCAGAUCUGACCCAGGAAACAGUAGAUGCAACCAUUGCUCAGGCCUUCCAGCUCUACAGCGAUAUUGUCCCUCUGGACUUCAGGCAAAUCCACAUUGGUACUGCAGACAUCGAGAUUUUCUUUGCAGCUAAAGAACACGGGGACGGUGACCCCUUUGAUGGGAAAAGUGGAGUCUUGGCUCAUGCAACCCGUCCACGAAAAGGUCAGGGAGGAUUUGCACACUUUGAUGAAGAUGAAACCUGGACUGUUACUGACAAAGAUAUAAAUCUGCUGCUGGUGGCUGCCCAUGAGUUUGGCCAUGCCCUGGGCCUGGCUCACUCCAAGGAGAGGAGUGCACUAAUGUACCCCACAUAUCUAUAUGUCAACACAACUGGAUACAAGCUGCCAGAUGAUGACAGACGUGGGAUUCAAGCUCUCUAUGGCCGCCGUAAACCAGAGCCAGAGAAGCCAACAGAGGACCCUUUUCACAGCCCUGAAGAUGAGCAGUGCAACCGCACUCUUGUAAUUGAUGCAGCUACCUCCUUUAGCGGAGACCUGUUAUUCUUCAAAAACGGGUACUAUUGGAGAAAGAGUUCAGAAGGCAUCAAUUUCACCAAGGUGAACUCAAAAUGGUCUCAGAUCAACACUGUUGAUGCUGCAUAUGAGGUUCCUCACCAGGAUGUGGUGUAUCUUUUUGAAGGUGCUAAAUACUGGGGGAUAAAAGCUGAUUCAGAGACAGUAAUGUCGGAGUAUCCAAAGAAUCUUACCAACCUCGGCCUCCCACCUUCAGUCACUCAUGUGGAUGCAGCUGUUUAUGAGUCUACAACUAAAAAGACAUUCAUAUUUUCUGGUAGCCAGUAUUGGAAAUAUGAUGAUGGAAGUCACCAAAUGGACCCUGGAUACCCACGAGACAUAAAAAGAGACUUCCCUGGCAUAGGCUCCAGGGUGGAUGCAGCCUUUGAGAAUUAUGGAAAUCUGUUUUUGUCAAACGGCCCCAGACAGAGCGAGUACAACAUGGCCUGCAGGAAAGUGAUGCGAGUGCUGCUCAACUACGGCUGGCUCGGCUGUUAUUAAGGACACAGAAACACAUCAACACGUCGAUUUGUCAGUGAUCUGACUGCAUUUAGCAUGAAGCCGUCACAAAUCAAAGUCUGAUUCAUUAGUUUGGUGUUUUGCUUGAAAAGUUGAAAACAAGGUCAAAGUGCAGCAAACACCAGAGAGUAAAUAAUCACCCAAUAAACUGUUGCUUUGCUGAUAACUGCAAAUGGCAUUACUGCAAUUAAUCUAUCUAUUCAGAGAUGUUUAAUUAAUAAUGAUGUUAAACAGCACUUUUAGCUGAAAACCUAACGAUAAAAGUUUUGAAGUAGCCUACACUCGCCUCCAAAAGUAUUGGAACAUUGCUGUAGACUGAAGACAUUUGGGUUUGACAGCAAAAGUUGAAUAUGAGACAAGAGAUCAACAUUUCACCUUUAUUUCCAGGUAUUUACAAGUAGACACAUUAAACAUUGCAAAGAGGUUAUCCUUUAUGAUCUGAUCAUAUCUGAGGUGUUGUGACACACUCAUCUGUUGAAUUUUAUAAACUUUGCAUCACAGAGCUUGUUUGACCACAUAUGAACAAACUCUAAAUAAAGACCUGAAUCCCCGCAAUUCAUGUUGUUUUCUGCUCAUAGGAUGAAAAGAAAAAUUAAUGAAUGUUUCUUGGCUUUUGUGGUUCAUUUUGAAAUAAUAAAUAAUGAUGCUUGCCAACCUCA